AUGAUUGGAGUUUUUUUUUUUAAAAAGGUAAAAGCAUGGGAUAUCAAAUUAAAACUCCACCUGCAUCAAGAAACACCAAGCAAAUACCUCACAAGUAUCCUUAAAUCCAGAGCCAAAGAUAAAUCAAUAUUCCAAAUAAAAGAUAAAGAUAAUAAGACCAUAUCAGAUAAAGAGAACAUAGCAAAAAGAUUUGUUGAAUUCUAUGAAGAGAAAGAAGAUAACGAAGAAACCCACAAGAAGUUAUUAGAAAAAUGGGAAGUAGACGUUGAUUUAAUCAAGAAACUCGAGAUAGACAGACCGAUGAGAAUACAUGAAGUGACCAAAGCAAUCAAAACUUCAAGUAUCCACAAAUCUCCAGGUUUAGACGGUAUCAAUGCACUAUUCUACAAGUACCACAUCAACUCAAUAGCAAGAAUAUUGACUAUAGCUUUCAACGACCUCCUCACAAAUAAGAAAGAAAUCCCCACAAAAUUCAAAGAAGGAGUAAUAACAACAAUAUUCAAAAAAGGAGAUGAACUAAACAUUUCAAAUAGAAGACCAAUCACCCUUCUCAAUACAGAUUACAAAAUUUUAAGCAAAAUUCUCAACAGUAGAUUAUUAGAUAUCACCAGUAAAAUUAUCAACAAAUUUCAAAAAGGCUUUGUUCCAAACAGGUUCAUCCAAGACAAUAUUCAGAUCAUGAAGGAAGUAAUAGAAAUAAGUAACAAAAGAAAGAACAAUACACUCAUUACCUUUUACGAUUUUAACAAAGCAUUCGAUUCAAUCAGCCACAAGAGUAUCACAAGAACAUUAGAGCAUAUUGGUAUCCCCCCAAAAUUCACAGCGAUCCUACUAAACCUACUCAAAGAUACUAAAAACAAAAUAAAGAUCAACGACUUUUUAGUCAAUGGAAUAACAAUCAGAAGAGGAACAAAACAAGGAGACCCAAUAUCACCAACAAUCUUUGCUCUAGUUUUAGAACCACUUCUAAUAGAUAUCAUCAAUGAUAAUACAAUCAAAGGCUUCACUCUACCAAAUUCCAAAUCAUGA